GAAUGCCGGGAGGCGGUCAUUGGUGAAUCAAGCUGUCUGCAGUAACGUCAGGAGAUUAGUGAAUCGCAGCUGGAAUGCGAGCUUGAUUCACAAAGGCAAGAGAGGGAGACAAAGCCACCGCGCAGAAGAUACGCACACCGGACUGCCACAUCCCGCACAGCCAUGAAGGGAGAGCAUUUAUUUGCCAACAUGAGAAGUGCUCCGUUCCUCCAGCGGGUUUACCUCCUUGGAGGAGAGGAGCUGGUAGUCCUGCAGUCCACCGUGGGGGAGUCCUCACUGGGAGACAGUUUCCAACAAAUCACCGACUUCAAUGAUCUCCCCAUGUCCCUCUUCGCCUGCAACGUAGACCAAUCAGUAUUUGAAGACCAUGAGGGCAAGGAAAUGUUCGAGGCGCUCUUCCUUGCGUACGAUGAGGGUGUGACGUUCCAGCAGUUUAAGAGCUUCCGACGUGUACGGAUCAAUUUCAGUAACCCCAAAGCAGCAGCCAGUGCUAGAAUAGAGCUGCACGAGACACCUUUCAGAGGAAAGAAACUCAAACUCUACUUUGCCCAGGUGCAGAAACCAGCAUCCGAAGGAGACAAUUUGCACCUGGCUCCUCCCCAGCCCUCGAAACAGUUCCUCAUCUCCCCUCCUGGCUCACCUCCAGUCGGCUGGCAACAGAUUGACGAGACCACACCGGUUAUUAACUACGACCUGCUGUAUGCAGUUGCCAAGCUUGGCCCAGGUGAGAAGUUUGAGCUGCACGCAGGCACGGAGUCUACGCCCAGUGUGGUGGUCCACGUCUGUGACAGUGACACGGAGGAGGAGGAGGAGGAAUCAAAGAUCAACCCUAAACCAAAAAUCAUCCAGACCCGGCGCCCAGACCUGCCUGUCUCACACUGAACUCUACAGCUCCACACAGAGUCAGGAGGAUUUGACCCCUCCACCAUCUCCAUCACAGGAUCUCGGCCACCCUCCUUCAGAACCUUGUUAAACACACAACCAGGGUCUGAGGGACUCUGACCUGUGUUUCUCGUUCAGCACACACAUGUAUAAAAUCCUCAAUGUGCUGUCACAAGUUUUUUAUUUUUGUUUUUUUUUUUUAUGUUGGCAAUACUCUGUGUUCAAUAUGGCCGCUCUCUGUCCCUCUUUCCCAAUCUGACUCUGUUGUAAUGUCAUCUGAUCACCAGUUAGAGGCAGCAUGUACCUGUCCCUGCUCUCACCUAUGUCUCUGAUUGGCUACUGGACCGUGGCACGUGAUGGUCUCAGAUGUGCCUAUUGGCUAAUAGCUGGCCAUUUGGCUUUGCUCUUGCACAGCAAAUAUGCAUCAUUUGUACCCAGCAAGCCAUUAAUAAUAGUAUGUUCUUCAUAAGGGCAUGCAAGCCACUAAAUGUGGCUAAACACCAGCGCUGCAUGUGGCACCCUUAAAAAUAUAUCUAGCCUAACAAAUUUCUGUCAAAUAAUCCUAGGACGGCAAACGAUUUACUUGUGCAUUGCAAAAAAGUGCAGACUGCAGGAAUAGUUCCCUUCAGGCCAGUGCAUGUUCUGGUAGCAAAAUAUAUGUUUUUAUUUCCCGCUAUGUAUAAUUGUCUACAUGUCUCGCCGACAGUGUUCUUACAGAAAAACGAUGCUAUUCUGAACAAUAAGCUGAAUUUUUUGUUCAUGCCAUGCACCUUUCAAUGAAACUAUGAGUUGCUCCUUCAAUAUGAAUCUUUUUUGUUUUUUUAUUUGUCGUGCUUGGUGCCCCUUGUAAGACGGAAACCUUAAAGAGCUUUCCCCCCCAUUAGCUCCCAUUACAGUUUUGAUGACAUCACUGGCUAAUCAGAUGUCAUUUAAUGAAGUCUGUAAUAUGCAUGGUUACUUGUUUCUAGAAUUUAUCGUAGUUGUCCAAAACCAUAGAUUUCCUCGUAGUUUGUGAGACUUUGUUCACUUCAUUUCUAAUCAUUUCAAAGAAAUCAUGUAUGACGCUAUUGAGACAGAUCUUCCAAGUGCUAUUACACAGUGUGUAACAAAAAGCUAUUGUUAUGAGGGUGAAGCCGACCUUUCUUAUCCUAUUCAAUAUCUUUUUGGUGUGCUUAACUCAUUUAUGGAUUAUUUAACAAAAAAAAAAAAAAAACUGAUUUAUGUAUCCAUAGUACAUAACGUAAAGGCAUGCACAAACCAUACAACCCUGAAUAGUCAGCAAACAAACAUUAGUUAGUUAAAAGGUUAUAUUUUUUCUUCCAAGACUAUAAAUGACACCCGUCCCGGACAGUAUAUCAACACUGUGAUGUGUCAUUACUGUGAUACUUGACUGACACCCUACGGUGAAGUAUUAUUGUACGAGUGUGUUGUGCAUUUAAGAAGGUUAUCAGGCUUAAACGUCUGUUGUUCAGUGUUCACGGCCUGUUAAGGGUAGCCACAGCUUUCAUAUUACCAUGUUUCCUGUUGAAUUGGAUUGUUCCUUGGUCCAAAUGCUGUCUGUCUGUGUCCAUUCGCCUAAAAGAAUGUAGAAGUAAUACACCCCAUCCCAAUGAAGCAGUGACUCCUUCGCUGUUCUGGAAACAGGGUUCUUACUGCUCUCUUUUGACAUUGCCGGCGUCUGCAUUGUGACACAGAUGUCUCCAUAUGCUACCGCAGCCUCAAGCCUUAUUUGAUUUAGCGCUCACAAGGUUAGCAGUGCACACUCUGGUCCGCUUCUCUGAAAAUAAGAGGCAUAGGAUCAGAACAUGUCAAUACGAUACAUGUGUAAACGAAUGGGGCGAGAGCAAUAUAACAAAACCGAUACCAACCGUCCACUGCCUUGGACUUUCCCUUCCGAUUCAUUAUUGCCUGCUUGGCCAAUCAGCUCUUCCCAUAAUCUACAAAAAUCUAUCGCAGUCUCUCAUGCUGCCAGCCUUCCUUACUGUCGUGUAAUUUAAGAUUUUUGUAUUGUUCUGUAUUGCACUUUCUUAUUCACAUGACUAUACACAGUAUCAUUCAGUAACUGUAUUUCCUUUUAUUUGUCAUGUACUCCUGAAGACAUGAUUAAUAUCUCUGUUCUUAAAGUCUUUGAUCUGGAGUUAGUGUCACUGAUGUUGGAAAACAAUAUCUGUAUUGUGUACUCGUGCAAGACCAUUGGUGUUCUUGUCAUCUACAUGUGCGUCCUGCCUGCCGACACUAAGGAGACAUAUCUGUAUAUAUUAAUCAAUAUUUUUACUGCAUUUUUGUACAAAUAUUCAUGGUAGCCAUGUACAAGUAGUUGAGAUGAUUCUUUGUUAGUAUUAAAAAAAAGUUUGGUUUUAAAA